GUCAAGCGUUACACGCUCAACAGCAUAUUAAAAGAUUAGAAACGCCGAUGUGUGCGGCGAGACAGACGUCUGUUUUGAUGCGACAUGUGAUGUAGCAUGUCAACCCACCAAACACGACAGAAUAAACCCCCACAUCAAUCAAAAUUAAUCACAAACAGACAAAACUGGAGAGAGCUUCACACAGAAAGAAGCGAGUCUUGUCAAGCAGACACAGACGACGACAGUUUCAUAGAGUGAGGCCCAAGCAUCAGCAGGCCUCAGUGAGCAACGGCAUGAUGGAGGGAGGUAUGCAACUGCUGAACCGAGAUGGCCACAGCAUCUCGCACAACUCCAAGCGGCACUACCAUGACUCCUUCGUGUCCAUGAACCGCAUGCGUCAGCGUGGACUGCUCUGUGACAUCGUGCUCCAUGUGGCCAACAAGGAGAUCAAGGCGCACAAAGUGGUGCUGGCCUCCUGCAGUCCAUACUUCCACGCUAUGUUUACAAGUCAGCAGGUGCCUGGUCUUUCCUAUUGCUCAUCAAUCCCGCUUCACCUGAGACUAGAGUGUGAUGAUGAAAUGUCAGAGAGCCAUCAGACCCAUGUGACCCUGCAUGACAUUGACCCUCAGGCACUGGAGCAGCUGGUGCAGUACGCCUACACUGCUGAGAUCGUGGUAGGGGAAGGAAAUGUGCAGACUCUGUUGCCGGCAGCAAGUCUUCUGCAGCUCAAUGGAGUGAGAGAUGCCUGCUGCAAAUUUCUCCUCAGCCAGCUGGACCCCUCCAACUGCCUGGGCAUCCGCGGCUUCGCAGACACUCACUCCUGCAGCGACCUGCUCAAGUCGGCCCAUAAGUACGUCCUGCAGCACUUCGUAGAGGUUUCCAAGACUGAGGAGUUUAUGCUAUUGCCCCUGAAACAGGUGUUGGAUCUCAUCUCUAGCGAUAAUCUGAACGUCCCAUCCGAAGAGGAAGUCUACCGAGCCGUGCUGAGCUGGGUCAAGCACGACACCGAUGGGCGGAGGCAACACGUGCCCCGGCUGAUGAAAUGUGUGCGGCUCCCCCUGCUGACACGAGACUUCCUGAUGAGCAACGUGGAUACGGAGCUGCUCGUCCGUCACCAUUCGGAGUGCAAAGACCUGCUGAUCGAAGCGCUCAAGUAUCACCUGAUGCCCGAGCAGAGAGGCGUGCUCAGCAACAGCCGCACCCGGCCACGCCGCUGCGAGGGCGCCAGCCCGGUUCUCUUCGCCGUAGGUGGGGGGAGUCUUUUUGCUAUUCAUGGAGACUGUGAGGCGUAUGACACCAGGACUGACCGUUGGCACAUGGUGGCGUCCAUGUCAACACGGCGGGCACGUGUCGGAGUGGCAGCUAUUGGAAAUAAGCUUUAUGCUGUGGGCGGGUAUGAUGGCACUUCUGAUUUGGCCACUGUAGAGUCAUAUGAUCCAGUAACCAAUGCGUGGCAGCCUGAGGUCUCCAUGGGUACGAGAAGAAGCUGUUUAGGUGUGGCGGUACUGCAUGGGCUGCUGUAUGCUGCAGGGGGAUAUGAUGGUGCUUCUUGUCUCAACAGUGCAGAGAGGUAUGACCCCUUGACCAGUACCUGGACCUCCAUCGCUGCCAUGAGCACCAGGCGACGAUAUGUCAGAGUGGCCACACUAGAUGGCAGUCUAUAUGCGGUAGGUGGGUACGACAGCUCUUCACACUUAGCCACUGUAGAAAAGUAUGACCCACAGAGUAAUGCGUGGACUGCCAUUGCCAACAUGUUGAGCCGGAGAAGCAGUGCGGGUGUGGCAGUAUUGGAGGGCAUGCUUUAUGUGGCCGGGGGCAAUGAUGGCACCAGCUGCCUAAAUUCUGUGGAAAGAUACAAUCCAAAAACCAACACCUGGGAGGGAGUGGCUCCCAUGAACAUACGCAGGAGUACUCAUGACUUGGUUGCCAUGGAUGGCUGGUUGUACGCCGUUGGAGGCAAUGAUGGCAGCUCCAGUCUCAAUUCCAUAGAGAAGUACAACCCUCGUAGCAACAAGUGGGUGGCAGCCUCAUGUAUGUUCACACGGCGUAGCAGCGUGGGAGUCGCUGUCCUGGAGCUGCUCAAUUUUCCUCCGCCGUCCUCUCCCACGCUUUCCGUCUCCUCCACAAGUCUUUGACAUAGGGUAAAGACCCGGCUUAGCUCCAGCGGCCUGCCUUGCGUGGCCAAGAGGCGCAACUGUUCGGUGUGAACACCGAACGACGAGAAGUGUUUAACGGGGCACAGCGCCCUCCCUCUGCCUGGAGGAACAUGACGGCAUUCCACAGAUCAUGAGGAUAGAUAUCGGGGGAAAACACACUCUCACACACUUUAAACCUCAACAUCCCUCACCCUUGAGAAAACCUAGUGCUUGAAAGUGCAAAAUAAUAUUGCUCUGCCAUUUUGCGGUCACUUUGUGUAUGAUGUAACUAAAUUGGUUUAUGUUUAUGAUUUUUUUAGAUAUUAAUAUAUAUACAAAAAAAAUUUACUUAAGGAAUGUAGCUCUUGACAGGAUCUGCCGCGCAUGUUUACAUAAAUUGUGUUUUGGCAGACAAAAUAUUGAAGUAGUGCUGCUGUGCCACACUAGGUGGCAGUAACGCGCAAUGCUGCCCUGUCUCACGAUUGAAUCGCAUGGACAUGUAAUAGAAGAGCUGUAAAAAAGUUGGCAAAACGGUGGCUGGGCGCUAUGUACACAUAUGUGUGAUCAAAUCAUGUUGACAAUAAUAUAUAUUUUAUGUAUUUUCGUAUUUAUUUAUCUAUAAUAAUGUAUGACACUCAGAAAUGUUUGAAGGACCACCUCUGUGUUUACAGAGGGAAGAUAUACAGUAUUUUUUUUUUUUUUUUUGGAGAUGCUUAGUAUAUUAGAGAAGCACUGGUAUUAUGAAGCUCGGUAUGAAAUGUGUUUUAGAAAGUGAAUCAGGUAUUUUAGUGUUGUGUUCAGUUGUUAAAAAAUGAAAAGUUGUUUGCGAGUUGAGCUUUAUAUGUGUAUAAACGUACAAAUUAACACACAUAUAACCAGGUGAAAUGUCAUUGUACUUAUAGUACAUAUAGCCAUACUAUUUAAACUAUAACUAACUGUGACAUAAAAUCUGCACUUUCACACAUCUCGUGUUUUUGAAAAGGGAACUAAUUUCGAUUAACGUACAGUAUAUGGAUAUCCUGGAAAUACUAAGAGUUUAAUAUCAAGCUCUUAUCAAAUUGAGGAUUUUAUUUCCAUAAAUGCAUAUGCAUUUUCUAAACAUUGCUUAUUUGCCAGGGUUGUCCGUUUGUGUUGUGAUGUCAUUGGUAACAGCAACUACCAAUGCAUCUUUUUACCUCAAGACUCCAGGUAGAUUACUAAUGAUAGCACGGCUCACCCCAAAACAAUAGGAGAUUAGUCACUGCCAUUUCACUUGUAGCAUAGUAUUAUAUGAUUUCAAAACUUCUGAGAAGUUAUGAUUUGUUUUCCUUGUUUUAAGGACUUGAUUUAAAGAAUCUCGUUUGAGGUCGGUGUAUGUGUUGAUGUCCAGGAAGAUCAGAGUGUUCACAUUUUGUAAUGGUAGUGAGUCUUGCACUUUGAUGACUACAUACAUAAAACACAGGUCAGCCAUCCAGCUACAUAUCCGGCCAUGUAAAAAUAUCAUGUAUAUAACCAAAUAUCUCUCAGACUUUGUGCAAUGUUAGUGUAACUGUGGCUUUUGUUUUUUAUGGUAAUGUUGUUGAAUGUGUCCUUUAUUUAUAUUGUGCUGGUUAUGUUUAGCUGUAUUUAAGAACAAAUUUGCACUAACGUCAAAUGGAGCAAUACAGUGCUGUAUAAAAACACAACACUACUGUAAAUGAAAUAAAGCUGUUUUCAGGUGAAA